AUGGAUGAAGAAACCUUAUCAUUGCUAAUAGAUUACAUACUGGGUUUUGGUGAUAUCUUUGAAUUCGACACCGACAGACUCUUUUAAUUGAGAUGCAAACAGAACUUCGUACCCAAGAAAUUAUCAUUUAAACCAAAGAAUAAAUUGAUCAGCCAGAUAUCUGCAGAACUUAAUAAUUCAAUUAGCUUAAAAAUCGAUCUCUUAAGAGAUUAAUCUCGACAACAGACCGAUGCCAUCAUGUAUAAAUUCAAUAGUCAAGAUCAUACUCUCUAACAGCUUACUUAGCAAAUCAAAGAAAAACCCAGCCAAGAAGAUUUGUGUGAUCUCUAAAUGUAAAUUCGGAAGCUUUAAAACUAAUGUGAAGGAGAAUUCACCAAGAUAUAAACACAAAUCAACAAUUAUUUAAUAUCUAUUCAAGAAUCACUCAAUUCGUAUCUGAAAACCUAAGAUUUUCAUAUGCUAUUUGAAGAAUAGAUAAGUGAUCACAUGAGUCAUCUCUAAGCCAAGUUUGCUCCCAAAGAUAUGACCAUGCAAUAAUUAGAUCUCCUAGAAUGUCGAUUCCAUCAUUUGAGUGAGCAACUUAUAGAACUUAAGCGAUAUACCAAUUCUAACAUCAAUGAAGUAAUCAAAAAAUAAGAUGUAUUAUGUAAUUGAUAAAUUUCCCUCUAGUUCAUUCUCUCAGACCUAACUACAACUGUGAAAUUACAUGAAUUUUAAGAAUUCGUAGAUUCCUCCAAAAUAUUUGCUACUCAAACACAACUCUCAGCCUUUUAGGAACAAUUACUACCCAAAAUUAAAGAACUCUCAGAUAUCGUAGAUAAAGAUUUCAAUGAAGUCCAAGGGUUCCGUAAAAUAAUCAAGGCAACAGAUUAUGAAUUAUUACAAAAAGCGACCAAAAUGGAUUUGAUGAUUUUAAAAAAAGAAUAAGAAGAUUAUAAAUUGCAAAAUUAUAAAAUGUAACUUUAAAUUUAAGACGCAUUCAAAUUAAUCACUAGAUGUUAUUAAUACUAUGAUGAAUAGAGAUAACAGAUGGCAAAUUAGUUAUCAGAAUAAAUAAUAUGUAGUAUUGAAGAUACUAUUAAGACUAAUGUAAAUAAAUAGAUGGAAUUAUAUAAACUUGAAAAUGUUGGCUAAUAAAUAGAUCGCAUUUAAGAUUUCUUGAGAUCUAAGGCAAAUAAGGUUGAUGUAUCUGAUUCAUUAAAACUUAAAUCGAAUUUAAAAGAUUUUCAGUCUCUCGAGGAUCAAUUCAAUGUUAUGAGUAAGACAUUCAAAUCUUAGAUGAGGAUAUUUGCAGAAUUUAUAGAAUUAUUUGGAAUUGAUACAGACAAUGAAUCCAUGAAUUUUAAAAAGAAUGCCAUUUAAAAGUUGAUAUUUGAUACCAAAUCUCUUAGGAGUAGCUUCUAAAAAAGGAAUUCGUAAUAGCUAACAGGAGUAGAGGAUCAACCAUUAACUACUAGAUAAAGUUCAAGUAAAAAAAAAAUAAACACUUCUCCAAAAAGCAAUGGAGUCAAAUUACUACUCAGACCCUUAUUAUCAAAUACAUUUUCUGUCCAAUAAGCGAAAAGAAAUAAACUGAAUUUGUCAAUGAUAUCAUGA